AUGGAUUUUAAUUUAACUAAUUUUCUUGAAAAGUAAAUUUCCAUGAAGUAUGUUGCUUACUUCAUUGGAGCAUGUUUAGGUGUUAAGUUUGGAUCAUUUAUUCUGCGUUCUGCUAUAAAAAAAGUCAAAAUCUUAAUUUAAAAGAGCAAAGUUAGGAAAUUUAUUCAGAAGAGGAAUUAAGACCUAAAAAACUUGAUUAUACCCACUCCAAAUUUGUCAUAAGACAUUAUAAAUAAAGUGUUGAACAGCGAUAUCACUUAGUUGAAAAAGAUGCUUGAGGAAAAAAUAGUUAAAAGUGUGGAUUUAGUCAAUAUAUUUUCUUAAAGAGUGUAGAAACAUGGCAUAGAAUUUGGAAUAGUUACACAUUUAAAGUAUGAAGAAGCAAUUGAAGCAGCAAAGGAAUGUGAUAAACUAAGAAAAGAAAAUUCUCCAUUGUGCUCACUCCCUCUAUUUGGUAUCCCUAUUUCUAUGAAAGAAACUUUUGAUGAGAAAGGUUAUCCUGCAACAAUUGGAUCUAUUUUUAGACUAGAUCACAUUCCUAAAGAGGAUGGAUUUUGUGUUAAGCUCUUAAAAUCUGGAGGAGCUAUUCCCUUUUUACGUACAAAUGUUCCUUAAGCUGCUAUGAUUUAUGAGUCUGUAAAUGAUGUUUAUGGAAGAGUCUUAAAUCCUUGGGACAAAACAAAAUACGCUGGAGGUUCAUCUGGUGGAGAAGGUGCUGCAGUUGCAGCUAGAAUGUCUCCUGGUGGAAUGGGAAGUGAUAUAGGCGGUUCUAUUAGAAUUCCUGCAGCAAUGUGUGGUGUUUAUGGAUUUAAGCCAACUGCUUAAAGAACAAUUAUGUCUGGUCAUACUUUCUAUUCAAAGGCUUUCAAUGGAUAAAAAACUGUUCUGUGCGCAUCUGGACCUAUUUGCAAAUCUGUUGAUGAUUUAAUCUUAUUUUUUAGAUAAUUGAGCGAUCCUUAAUACUUAUAGAAAUUCAAGUUACAUGAAAGAGACCCCUUUUUCCCAACAUAGCAGAUUAACGAAACAGAACUAAGCAAUAAUAAAAAAUAAAGAAGAUUUGGCUACUUUAAAACUCUUAAGUCAUUUGAUUGCACUCUCGCUAACCAAAGAGCUGUAGAAAUCGCUGUCGAAAAGCUUAGAGCUUAAGGCCAUCAACUAGUAGAAGUUGAUUUGCCAGAUGUUGAUUCCAUUAAAAAUGGAUUUAUAUAAUUCUUGCUAUCAGAUAGCUUCUAAGGAAUUUAUGAUUUAUUGAGUCAAGAAGACACUGUAAAAGAGUAUUUGAUGAUUGAUAUUUUUGCUUCAACUCCCCCUUUGAUUAAAAGAUUUCUCAGUGUGCUAUUUUAUAUGUUAGGAGAGAAAUCAUUUGCUGAAUUGUUACCUUAAACAAACAGAUUACAGGUUGAGGAGUUAAAUAAACUACAAUACAAAAUUGGUUAAUUACAAUAGGAUUACUUGAGAUUAUUUGAUGACCAUGAAAUAGAAGCAAUUAUUUGCCCUUCAUUUGGAGCACCUGCUCUCCCUCAUUCUAGUUCUUUAGAUUCUACACCCGUUUGUCUAUACACUUUUAUUUGGAACUACUUGAACUUCCCUUGUGGUGUUUUGCCAGUAACCAAAGUUUAGAAGGAAGAACAACAUUUCAAUAAUUCCAGAAUAAAAGAAUUACCAGCUAAAAGAGUAGAUUUUUAUAUGAAAUAAAAUACUGAAGGUCUUCCAGUAAAUGUUUAAGUUGUUGCUCCUCCUUUCAAAGAGGAAACAUGCUUAAACGUUAUGAAAAUUUUAGAUGAUGAAAUAUAAUUCUACAAGCAUAACUCAUAUCCAGAACUUAAAUGA